GCCAUGGUUACAACCAGGAAGUAACAUUGAGGCUCUUUAGCAUGUCAAUGUCUGCGAGUUUCAGCCCUUCAUUUCGGUCUUUUCUUCGUCUUUCUGCUGACUUCCUCCUACUGUGAGCCCUGUGUAACAUAGAGAGACAAUGAGUGGGAGUGUUGAUGACACCAAGCCGAUGACCUGCACAGUCAAACCUCCGGUCUACCUGCAAAUCGGAGACGCCAAAGCAGACACGGCUCACUCCGGUGUCUGCGUCAUCGAUGUCAACCUCCCCAUUGGAAAGCCCAUUAAUAUCGAGGAGCUCACCUUUAAAAACUACUACACAGCCUACGUGACUGUGCGUCUGCUGAGGAGGAGCCCCGGGCAGGAGGCCCCUGCUAAGUGGUGCACGGCUCUGAGAGACCUCUCCCUGAUGGACAACCCCCACACCGAGGGGGGCUCCCAAGACUACUACUCCAUUCACAGGACCCAGAUGCAGGUGGAGCCGGAUCAUGUGGUGUGUGUGAGGCUGAUCCUGAGACAGCCGUCCUUGGCCUGGUUAACCUUCAGCCUUGAAGACAUCAAAAUAUUCCCUCUUACUGAGCCAGACCCAGAGAAGGAGGUUUCUGAUUGGCUGUCUGACCUGACCCUCAUCGACCAGCACCCUGAUCUGGAGGGCCUCCCUGACCCACAGACCGUAUCCUCCAGCAUCCAGCAGAUGUGGGCUCUCACGGAGGUAAUGCAGACCAAUCAGACGACGGCCUCCAUCGGACGGUUUGAUGUGGAUGGAUGCUACGAUAUCAGCCUGCUCUCCCUGAUGUAAAGAGGUGUGUGUGUGUGUAGCUCGUUUAUGGAGGCCUCAUAUUCAGUGUGAUGAGAAAAGCUGCUGGACAAAGAUCUAACAGUGGAUUUCUGCAGGUCAUUUUGUGCCAUUCACCACAUAUGAUGCUGUCACAGUAUUUAAGCCUGAAGGUGUAUUUAUUGGAUUUUAUUGUCUGAGCAUCUGAAACUGAGAACUGUGGGUCCUUAAGAUGUAUUUGUCUUAAAGACACAUUCACAAAUAAAAAACUUAAAGUAAAAA